CACAACAUGGCCGACCACAGCGCCUCGUCGCCGCAUCAUCCGAACAAUGUCACCAUCUACCAGACGACCGGGCCAGACGCCCACUUUGGCCCCAUCGUGGCCCCGGGAGACUCGGGAUCACCGCUGCUGAAUCCGCGAUCCUGCGUCACCUGCCGGAGGCGCAAGGUGCGAUGCGACAAGCAGAUGCCCUGCUCCAAUUGUCGGCGCGCCUUGAUUCCCUGUGCAUUCCCCGCGCCCGGCCGUGCGCCGCGCCAGCACCGGCCCAAGGACCCGAAUGCCCCUCCGAAACCGACGAGCCUGCGCGAGGUUGAGCUGGUCAAGCGGCUGAAGAAGCUGGAGGGCAUCGUGGAGGAGUUGAGCGGCCAGAUCGAGGUUGAGACUGGCGGCAGGGCUUCAUCUGCCGCGAACUCGCCCUCCAACGAAGGAUCGCCCACGGCCCAGCGACCGAAAUCCAGCAGCCUGGGCGCAUUUGCGGCGGGGGUUGUUGAUUUUGGCGACAACCAUGCCACUGGCGAGGUCCCCGAGUCUCGUAAGAUGAAAGAGAGCCGGAAGCAGCUCGGACGACUGGUCUUGAGCGAUAGCAAAGGCAGCGCUCGCUAUGUUAGCAGUGGAUUCUGGUCCAAAUUGAACGAUGAGCUGGAUGCUAUUCGCGAAGAAACGCAGAAGCUUACCGACGAGGAUGCCGACGACUCUGAGUUUGAGGAAUCGCCGCCCAUCGAUUCACCUGCCACAGCUGCAAGCUCCUCAUAUAAUCACCAGAGUAAUCACCAGAGCUUCAUCCUAGGUCAUCAAUCUCUCGAUGCUAAUUUAAGAAACUUUCACCCUGUACCCUCUCAUGCCACGUUUUUGUGGUCAGUCUAUCAGGAAACUGUUGAUCCUUUACUCAAAGUCAUCCACGUCCCAACCAUGGAUGCCCUAUUACGCGAUACCCGAAAAUGCCCCGAAAAACUAGCCCCAGGGCAUGAAUCCUUAGUUUUUGCUGUUUAUUACGCUGCAAUUGUGGCGCUUGAGGAAGGCGAGAUACAAACCAAUUUCGCCGUUACCAAAGAAGAGAUGCUUGCGCGAUAUCGCUAUGCUACAGAACAAUCUCUUGCCAAAGCAAAUUUUCUAAAUACAUCGGAACUUGCAGUCGUCCAAGCACUCACUCUAUUUCUUCUAGUCGUAAGACGAUACGACGAGAGCCGAUUUACUUGGUCCAUGACCGCUCUCCUAGUUCGGAUUGCGCAGGGUCUGGGCAUUCAUCGUGACGGAACAAACUUUGGACUCUCUCCGUUUGAAACAGAGCAGAGACGACGUGUUUGGUGGGCCAUUUUGACUUUGGACUUUCGAGCUUCCGAGGAAAUGGGCACCGACUUGCUUGUGGCUGAUGGAGACUUCGAUACUCAAUUCCCUACUAGCCUUAAUGAUGCCGACUUCUCACCUGCGAGCACUACAAUCCCCCCAGCAAGAGAAGGAAAGUCAGAAACUGCAAUCUCCUUGGUGAGAUUCGAAGUCUGCGCCAUGUCGAGGCGCAUACGCGACGCGUCUGGCGAGAAUACGUCUGGUGCUAGAAUUGAAACCGGUGCAGUUGCAGAGAAGGAGCGGAUGUUGGUUGAGCUCUAUCAGAAGAUCGAAGACAAAUUCCUUCGGCAUCUUAAAGAGGAAGUCGACAUUUUAUAUUGGGUUGCGGCUAUGAUAUCGCGCAUCAUCAUGUCCAAGAUGUGCCUCAUAAUAUAUCAGCCAAUGCUUUUCCCCGGCUCUGAUCACGAGCUCACAGCAGAAAUCCGCGAGCGGAUCUACAUUGCCGCCAUCGAAAUCAUCGAAUAUAAUUAUAAACUCAAUACCGAUCCUAGAUGCAAACAGUUCCGAUGGCUGUUUAGGACAUAUACGAACUGGUCUGCGAUUGCCUAUAUACUCGUCGAGACAUGCCGUCGUCCUUGGACACCACUUGUCCAGCGUGGCUGGGAGGCAGUCAAUGGCUACGAUAAAGAUUUGGCUGAGAACGCCAAGAGAGCUGACCAUGCCGUCGUCUUCCUUCCUUUACGUAAACUAUUCAUCAGAGCAAGGAGAUAUCAGGAGUCAGAGGUGGCUCGACUAAGGGCUGACCCCGAAGAAGCCAGGCGCCUAGACCUCGCAGAACGAGUAAACCCACCUCGGGCGCGGUUCGACCCAGUUCCAGGCUUAGAAGUCAGGCAACAACAAGUCAGAGAGACAUGGAGAGCAAUGGUCCAAUUGGAGGGCUCCACACCGUCCUCAUCAACCUCCAACCCGCAACAUCAGCAAACAUCAAUGAAUUCAUUCAUGCCCGAAGAGUCCAAGCCAUCGUUACAUCAGACACCAGUAACUGGUGCCACUGGGUCGCACUUCUCACAAAGCAAUGCUGUAAGCCAAAUGCCUAUGAGUAUGACCGACGAUACCAUGGAAUACAUGGACACUUUUAUGGCUCAAUCCAACGUCCCCAUGGCGGAGCUCUGGAAUGUCGGAAUGGUAGCCAUGCACAACGGGCACGCCACCGUGAGCAUGCCAGAAAGACAGCAUGUUCAGGGUAACAUGGUCGGGCAAGAAGCAAUAAUGCUACCGAGCCAACAGCCAAAAAACGACCAUCACGUUCCACCAUAUCUUUGGCCCGAGAACUUUGCCCAACCAAAUCCAAAGUUUGAAAUGGAAGAUGCAGACAUGCUGGGAGCCAAUUUCAAUUGGCACGACUGGAAUCAGAGCAUUCGGGGCUUGGGGAUGGAGGGCACGCAAUCGAAACAGAGCUGGUGA